UCCGAGGACAAUAAAAACAAUUAAUAACAUUUAUCAGCAAAUUUAUUGUUCAGUAAACAAUAAAAUUAAAAAGUUUUAAAAUAUAGGUGAAAAAUGGAUAAUUCCAAGGAGAUUCCGAACUUUACAAAUCAACUUUUUCAAGUACGUGAAACUCUUACGACUAUCACUGAAAAAGAUGAAUCAGCAGCUGAAGAGAAUCUUGAACAUUCAAAAGAGUUUCCAAAACUUAUGGAUCCUCAUUCUAUAAUGAGACGGGAAUUAAAUUUUAGUUUGAUACCAAGGGUGCCUUUGACAAUUAGACAUAAAAUUAAAAAUAAACGCUUACAAUCCUGUUUGAGUAGAGUGAUGACCUGUCUGCAAAAUAAAGAUAGAAGCCUGAUACUACAGCAAAUGCGAAAGAUGACUGAUGAAUCGAUGCCGUUAAGAGGAAUCAAUGUACCCUCUUGUUUACACCUUAAUAUCCAUGAUAUAUUAGUUAGACAAGCGCUUUGCUGUGCGCAAAUUGGUCGAGUGUUACCUGGCCCAAGUCAAUCCAACACAUUACCUUGGCUAACAGAUUCCGGUCCUUGGCCAUCAUUACAUGCAGCGCGGCAAACUUUUGAUGGUUUGCCACCGAUACGUAGAAGGAAAUUUGUCGAAGAAAUAGACCCGGUAGAAAGUAUUGAACAGGAAGAAUUACUUAUGAAUAUGGCGGCAAUGAAUAUCAGAGAGCGAAAACCUCCUCCAACUGUAUAAAAAAACAGUUUUUUAUGUUUUCAUAAAACCAAGUUAUCUUAUGACUGCUGAUUUUUUUAAUUUCUCAAGUAAUUUUAUUAAUUACAAAAUACUCUCAUCAGUAAUGUAUGAGUGUACAAAUAUUCGUGCCACAUGUGUGAUUAUUAAGUACAAAUUACACAAAUUAAGGGCUUAAAAUUUAGGCCUGUAUCAAUGUUGACGGGUAUAAUCAUUUACAAU